UCCUCCCAUUAACACGACUUGCAAUAAACCCCCACAAACAUAUAGAGAAGUUGUGUUCAAGAAAUGGGUAAGGGAGAGACAGCUUAUAGAACCCAUGUUCUACUCCUUCCAUACCCAGCUCAAGGCCACAUAAAUCCCAUAUUGCAAUUCGCUAAACGCUUAGUCUCCAAAGGAAUCAAGGCCACCCUAGUCACCACAAUCUUCAUCUCCAACACAGUCCAAUUCGACACUGGUUCCGUCGGCAUCGAGCUCAUCUCCGACGGGUGGGACCAAGGUGGCUUCAGAGAAGCGGGGUCUGUCAAGGACUAUCUCGAGCGGUUGGAAUCAGUUUGCUCGCGAGCUUUAACCGAGCUCAUCGAGAAGUUAGACCGUUCAGGCGACACCGUCAGUUGCCUUAUCUAUGAUUCCUUCUUCGCCUGGGCCCUGGAUGUAGCCAAACGGUGCAGCCUAUCUGGGGCUGCGUUCUUCACUCAGUCGUGCAUCGUCAAUUCCAUCUACUACCAUGUGUACAAUGGCAAUCUGACUGUCCCAUUUGAAGACAAGACCAUUCGAUUGCCGGGGCUUCCGCCACUGGAAAUUCAGGACAUGCCAUCCUUUUUCUCAGUGCCCGGAUCUUACCCGGCCUACUUGGCAAUGGUUUUGAACCAGUUAUCUAAUGUGGAGAAAGCGGACUGGGUCCUUUUGAACACAUUCCACAAGCUAGAAGCCGAGGCAGUGGAGUGGAUGGCAGGGAUCUUGCGGGCAAGGACGAUUGGACCGACACUUCCAUCCAUUUACCUGGACAAGCGGGUGGAAGGGGACAAAGAUUACAACAUUAAUCUCACAAAAACGGACCACAGAACAUGCAUGAAAUGGCUCGACGAGAGGGUGAUUGGAUCUGUUGUGUAUGUCUCGUACGGUAGCCUAUCCUCAGUAGGAGUGGACCACAUGGAAGAACUUGCAUGUGGUCUUAAAGGGAGUAACAAACACUUCUUAUGGGUGGUGAGGGAGACAGAGAAGGAAAAGGUCCCUGAGAAAUUUGCGGAGGAGACAGCAGAGAUGGGGCUGAUAGUGAGAUGGUCUCCACAGCUAGAGGUGUUGGCUCACCAAGCUGUGGGGUGCUUUGUGACACAUUGUGGGUGGAAUUCCACACUAGAGGCAUUGAGCUUGGGUGUGCCAAUGGUGUGUGUACCCCAGUGGACGGACCAACCCACAAAUGCCAAGUGUGUGGAGGAUGUGUGGCGAGUGGGAUUGAGGGCUAGGCUUGAUGAGAAGGGGGUUGUGAGAAGGGAAGAGAUGGAAUUCUGUAUAAGAGAAGUGAUGGAAGGAGAGAGAGCGGAGGAGUUCAAGAGAAAUGCUAGUAAAUUGAGGGAGUGGGCUAUAGAGGCUGUGGAUGAAGGUGGUAGCUCAGAUAAGAACAUCGAUGAAUUUGUGGCCAGUCUUGUGAAAGGCUGACAUUAGAGUGAUUUAUAUGUCAUUGUAUGUGUGAAGCAGUGAUAUAUUAUGAUAUCACAUAUGUACGUGUUCAUCAUCGUUGUUAAUUAUCUUCAUUAUCAUAUUUGUUCCUCAAGCAA